ACUUUUAUUUUGACAGGUGAAAUGAUAAACAGGAAGUGCUUUGAUAUACAAACGCGUCUUACAAGUUGUGAUGUUUGAUAAGGACCUGCAUCACAAUGAUUAGAGUCUACUACAUCAUCGGGGUUGCACUUUUUGCUUCAGAAAUUCCAGAAAUCCAGGCUCUACUAGAAAACCCGGAUGAUUGCUGUAGAAGAACGCAGAAAACGAAUGAAACUUGGUGUCCCCAAAUGGAGAACAGCACUGUUCGGUGUGUGAAGUGUGACACUUUGACUUCAGAUCUGUGGAACCUGACACUGUGUAACACCCCUGUCAACGGUACUGCAAUAUCCACAAUAAUCAAUAUAGGUGGUCCAGGUGUAGCAGCGUCUGUUCUUUUGGGCACUUUGUUCAUCAGUCUCUUCCUCAUUCUCUCUGUUGCUUCUUUCUUCUACCUCAAACGCUCGAACCAUCUUCCUGGUGUCUUCUAUAGACGCAAAGCUUUUAUUUUUCAACCAAGUGAAACGGCUGUUAUGAUGCCUGCUACAUCAUCCUCAGUGCGCAAGCCCAGAUACGUCCGGAGAGAACGGCCUUCAGCAGCUGCUGCAGUGGGCAGCAGUGCAACCAUAUCAGUGGGACAUGUAACAAAGGUGUAUAAUGUAACUGUCCAGUAAAGAUAAGCUCCACAGAGGAAGAUGCAACACCAAUUACUAGUAAUAAUGUUUACGCCCCCUUUUUGUGGGCUGAAGAUGUGGGUGGUUUUUUUUCUGUUUCUUUGUUUUUAAAUAUUGCCUCUUUGUACACAAUUUCCCAUCCUUGUUUGCACAGAAAAACACGUUUUUUUUUAUUUAUUUCACUUUUCUUUAAAGACUGCAGUGUAUUAUGAAAAUCUUUUAUUUUUUAAAAUGAUGUUUGUAGUUAUUUUUUAGAAUUUGUAACAAAUAUUUAUUACCAAUAUUUUCAUGUCAUUCCUUUGGCCUUCAGUCUAAAAGAGUUCCUUAAAGUGAAAAACGUUUGCACAUUGUCCUUAUUUUUGGACCAAAUAGCAGCCAUCAUCUUUUCUAGGAGUAUUUGACCACCUUCUUUUUAGAAUAAACAGAAUUAUAUGUAUUAUUAGAAAAACAAUAGUUAAAUCAUUUAGUGGCUCGGAUUUUGGAGAUGAAUGUGAGCCUGAUGAUGCUGCGGAAGUAUUUAGAGAAUGUGCCAAAUUGUGUAAAUAUUAUACCUUUUGUAUGAAGGAUUGUAUGCACAUUUUCCAUAUAAUUGCCAUGGGCUGUAUUGGGGCUUGUUUAAAGCACCAACUAAUAAUAUAAAAGUCACUCAUAAGUUACCUACUGUCCCCUCUGUUAAAGCACUACAAUAUAGCCAAGUAACAAGCUUUAAAAACACAUGAUUUAAUCUGAUUGCACUAUUCUAUUAACAACAUUUACAUUCCCUGUUGGAUCCAAACAAACCGAGAAUAACAGACUAUUGUAUUUGUCAUGUUUAUUUGCCACAGAAACACAGUGUGAGAUUUUGAAUGUGAUCUGUGAUGCUGUUUAUUGAUUGUACCAUUAAAGUGCCAUAAAGAGGCAGUAUACACUGUGUUGUCAUGAGUUAGGCCUUAAAAAGUGAACUGUUGAAUUUUGGGGAUAUUUAUAGGUAGUAUUAGAAAUAUUUAUACAAUAGAUCACUAAUUUUAAUUAAAUUAGAUGCAUUUAAGCAGUCUUGACUGUAUUUACUUUUAUCCCUUUUUUCCAUUUUUUUAUUUCUUAGUUGGUUUUCUUUAGGAUGUGAUUGCAAUCAGUUGUGGGGUCUACUUUCUAUAGUCUUUGGAAUGAUUGUGUUUUUGGUUGGCUGGGUUUUUUAGCAAAAAUAAAUGAAAUGUAAUGAAAAGUGUAGUAGUAGUUGUGGAUAUUACUAUGAUUGUAAAGACCCUUAAAGUUUGUAAUACUGUUUUAUUAGCUGUUGUGCAGCGACUGGAAAUCAUAUACAGGUUGUUUAUAUAUUGGAGACGUAUGUAUUGGAGAUGUAUUGUAUGUUGGUGCUCUACUUGUAAUAAAUGUGAAGUAAAAGUGUAAUGUUUAAAGACA